AUGCAGCACUUAUUAUUGGUCCUUGGUUUAUUUGGCUGCGCGCUAGGUCAGUACGGUGGUUUUCGUGGUUUCCCGAAUCAAAAUGCCUACCGACCGACACCUCGACCAAAUUUCCAGCAACCGACGCCUCAGUACAGUAGUCCUGGAAGAUUUAUAGCUAUCCGCAGUCAAUCGAAGGAUUCGUAUCCAGACGGUACUUAUACGUUCAGCUACGACACCGAGAACGGGAUUUCCGUUGCCGAAAGUGGACGUCCUCAAGGUGCUCCGCCAGGACAAGCCGAGAUUGUUCAAGGUAGAUUUUCCUACACCGCCCCUGAUGGAACCCCCGUCACCUUGGAAUACACAGCCGAUGAAAAUGGUUUCCAUCCCCAAGGAGCACAUUUGCCAACACCGCCACCUAUUCCCGAAGCUAUCAGACGAGCUCUAGCCGCCAAUCCACCUGGUCCCGAUAAUUCAGACUACAGACAACCCUAUAAUAACAAUAUUUACUCAAGAUAUUAA